CGCUAUUCACCCCCCUCUAGCGUUGGUCACUUAUUCUAACACUCACCCGACCCGUUCUUCUUCCUGUCCAGGUCAGUUCCUUCUCUCUCCGCCAUGAUUGUUUCAGAUUCCGAUUCGGCUACCCCAUCGUCCAAUUCUCGCCAAGCCGAUCAAUCGGCCUCUGGCCGUAACCCCGGCCACACUCCAUCACCCCGGCCGUCGCCGUCGGCCGUGCCUGGCCACAAACGGUGUCGAUUGAGGAAGCAAUUCCCUUCCUCAGCUCCGGUAGAUGAGGGCUCGAGGGUUGAAUUGGACGAAAACAUCAUGGCGUUGUGCCACUGUCAAAUUACUGACCGGGGGUUCGCCGAUGCCACUGACAUGGUUGGACCCUCCAUCGAGGUCAUGAGACCUACCAGUACUCAAACUGCUCUAGACGCACCGUCGGGGUUCUUCACGGUCCAUCUGGCGUCUUUGAAGAAGGGGCUGUGCUUCCCACUCCACCCGUUGUUGAUCGAAUUCCUCAACGUGGUGGACCUUCUUCCGUGCCAACUGGUCCCCAACUCUCACCGGUACAUCGCCGGUUAUCUGGUCCGGUGCAAAGAUGUAGGGGUGAAGCCGACCUUGGACCAUUUCAUAUUUACCUUCAAGCUGACCAAGGGCCAUAAAGAUUGGGCGUCGUAUGCCAGCCUUUCCCAGAGGUCUAGUAAACUCUUUGCUAGUGAUAAGAAGGGGUCAACCAAAGACUGGAAGCCUUUCUUUGUCUUCGUUUCGACGGGGCCCGAAUCUCCUUUCACAAGUUCAGGGCGCCCUUCCUUCCGCCGCAUCCGAUGCCCCCCAUCUGAUGCCACCCUUUUGUCUAACACUCGCCAACUCUGCAAAAAGGGAGUUAUGAACAUCAAAGAGGUGGUGACAGAGGAAACCCUUGCCGGGUUGGGGUUUGAGUUUGUUCAGGAUGAGCUUCGCCACCAACCCGACCUACUGAGGGACAUUCCCGGGGGGCAUCAGCCUGACCAGCUGAAGGACAUUCCUGAGGAAGGUCUCGACUGUGGUCCCUUUG